AUGUGCAUCCGUGUCCGUGUUGCCUGCCCUCUUCGCAAGCCUAUACGGCGCUGUGCUGACAAGAAGUGUGAUUGGGAGGUGGAUCCAGCCAUUUGCAGCGAAGUCUGCGCCCAAAAUGCAGCCAAAGCUAAGUCGGCUGCUGCGGCUUCGAGUGCACGUCAAGAAAGCGCUCCGACUGCCAGCCUGAAGAAGUCCGGCUCCACCCCGGAACGACCGCCUGCUCGUCCUUGGAACAUCAAGACACUGGUAACCUUCCGAGACCCAGAGAUACCUAAAGAGUCUCUCCCAGACUACCUCAAAGCGGCAGAGCAGGAUAAGUGCAUUCCCAUAGUGGUCCAGAACUAUUACGAAUAUCUCGACAAGAUCACCGUUCCUACUGAGACCGCCCUCAAGAGUCUUCAGGCACAUCUCGAAAGCCAAGGCUUUAACCUCAAGGUCAAUGCAUCGAAGGGAAAGGGUGCGAAAGGUAAGGCCAAGGAAAACAGUCCUGCCACGGUUGAAGAGCCGGCCGAAAGAAGAGAGCCGGAAAGCGAGCUCCUCUGUCACCAAUCAGGUCUGGACGAAGUACCAGAGGAUUGGUUCGACGAGCCGGCGGAAUUGCAGCAGAGUGAGAAGCAGCAAACCCUACCCCCUGAUCACCAAAAGCCACGCGUGACACCAAGUCCGAAAGUCGAGACGGACAAGACGAGCGUUCCACAGAAGGAGAGCAGCCCACGAUUGAGAUUAGACAACCUCGAUCUGGCUGAUGGGAAACGUCCCCCUGUUGGACCAAAGGCCAAAACCGAGAUGAGGUGUGCCUCGUGCGGCAACAUAGGUCAUCAACUUUCUAAUUGCUGGAAUGCGCAUCCGGAGCUCAGACCCAAGAAAGGCAGCCACAAACCAAAGGAUAAGCGGCCAAACAAAAAGAGAAAAGGUCAAGAAGAUGUACGACUGAGAAGACAGGGGGAAGAAGAGGAAGAACGGCGGAGAAAUAUGUAUGAGAGGCAGGCGGGUAAACACAUAAGAAAUCUCUGGAUUGCUUAUUGGGGCGAACGUCUCCCGGCACCGACUUGGUCUGUAGAUCCAAUCAGAUGCAGCUAUUGCGGGAGCGACGAACACAAGAGGGAGGCUUGCAGUGUCAAAGCAGCUCAGAACCGGCUUACCGAGGAGAAAAACACUCGAUCGAUUCUCGUGGAUUCUUGGGAAGAGCUUGUUCCGCAUAGCGUCUUUGACGGUCAGCCGUUCCGUGAUCCGAACAUAUGGCAAGAGGAUCCACACGAGUACGUCGCGGACGCGGAGAAGAAUGGCUGCAUGAGAACAGAGGCCUGGCACUACUACUGGCACUUCUGGGUACAAGUACGGCCGCCUCCCAAGACAAAGCUCACCUGCACUGAACUGUCUGACGAUGUGCCACCAUUUUAUCGGGCGCCAAUGCCUUCUGCAGAGAGUCUGGAAUCGUGGCUCCGCUAUACUCGAGAGAAAGGAUACCCCGACAAAGCUGCCAAAGAUCACUAUAUCGACCCUCUCAACUUCCCAUUACCAGGGUUGCCUUCCCAGCCCGGCUCUGCCCCUCCGUUGAGCGAGCUAGCCCGAGCGACAUAUGGAGCCAUAGGAAAGGGUCUAGGUCCCUCUCCGUUAAGGUUUUCUGAGACCGCCAGUCAAACUCUUUCGACGGAGAAUGACAGUGGAUCUGAGGCGUCUGAUUACGAUGAUAAUUGGGAAAUCCUACCUGCAAUCGUAGAAGACGGUCUCCGUCGACCCGACUUGCGAUAUUCUCUAUACAGCUACACGCGAUAUGUUGAGGCCCAAGGUUUCAGUAGAGAGCUUGGGCGCGAACUGUGGAUCACCGCAGCCGUGCCCAACAUCAAGGCGAGGAUACAAGCUAUACUUGCCGGACUUGAUCGGACGGAUCACGACAACUAUGCACGGCUGGAUGUUCUGGAGGACAGAAAUCCAUCGACGACAUGA